GUAUACUCUCCCUCCAAUUCUCACCAUCCCCUUACCCCCGACCUCGCCCGGUCAGUUCCGAUUUCAGCGGCCCCUCCUGGACCCAUGCGGCCGCGCGUACAUCCCGCACGCGCUGCACUCUACCAUUCCCUCUGGAUGCGUCCGCUGGGCGCUUGUCGCGCGCGUACCGCAAUGUGCGCACCUGGUCCCGUGCUCGGGCGACGCGCCGCCCUCCCUCGUCCCGUUCCCUUGCUCUGGUGCGACGAAGUCGAUUCUCUCACGGAGGCGCCGCGGAGGCGGUUUGUCGCGCUGCGACAGAUACACCGUGCAUGUGUGACACAGAGUGAAAGACGCCGCGGGAUCGUGCGUCGAGGCGGGCGCCGUCAUCGUCCCGCAGUACGCGCAUCGCUGCGCCAGGGGCGCCGUCGGGGACGGCAUCAG